CCACCUGGAAGAAAAAACACAGUGGGAACAUCCUAAGUCUGGGAAGAGGAAACGUAUUGCAGGAGGCCUGCCGUAUGGAUGGGAGCAGGAGACUGAUGAAAAUGGACAAGUCUAUUUUGUAGACCACAUAAACAAAAGGACUACCUAUCUUGACCCAAGACUGGCCUUUACGGUUGAAGAUAAUCCAGUAAAACCUACUACUAGGCAAAAAUAUGAUGGAAACAGUACUGCAAUGGAAAUACUCCAGGGUCGUGACUUGAGUGGAAAAGUGGUUAUAAUCACGGGAGCAAAUUCAGGAAUAGGUUUUGAAACUGCAAAGUCUCUUGCUCUGCACGGGGCAUAUGUUAUCCUGGCCUGCAGAAAUGUGUCAAGAGGCAAUGACGCCGUACAACGCAUUCUGGCGGAAUGG